UGAGUCGUCACAUCCGCUACGCCGACUCUACCACCCCUUGGGCCUGCUGUUCUGCUGACUCCCAGCCAAACCUUCAUCUUGAAAUACGUCACCUCUCCAUCGCGACAUUACGUAUCCUCCCUCGCCUCGCAGCUUCAUCGACUCCAGCAAUAAUAUCAAGACCAAUCCAGAGCUGCGGUGUUAUAUCUUUGGGUUUGUGAACUCGAACACUGGUCACGCCAUCCUAUACACCUACGUAACACCCCCUGGAUCGGCCGCCGUCUGAUCCCAUCAAGCGAUGUGCCAAAACGUCUACGCCGAAUUCCGCUGCGCCGAUACGCACGAACAGCGCGGCGAGGAUAGGACUCGCCUAAAGCAUAUUGCGCGUUGUGACACCGCUCUGAACAGCCCGACAGGGCAGUCCUGUCUGGAUCCAAGGGAUAACGUCCAUAUUGUUCAAGAAGACGAGCCAGACAUCAACUGUCCUGAGUGUCGGGGAGAGACCCCUCCUGAGACGCCCUGAUGGCUAUGAAUUGGUGAUUGGACUCUAGAAUACACACUGAGGAUAAAACAAUGGCUAUGGCACUUUGUGCCAAGCUGCCUGGGAUGGCCAGGACGGCAAACUCAUGACCAAGUCUAUCUUCGCCUUUUCAGUCUCUCC